GUAGUACAAACAAAUUUGAAUGAAUUAUUGGGAUUAAAUACGAGCUUCACACUGUUACCAUGGAAACAGAAGCAGCUAGCUUGCUAGCGUCGUAAACGGCUUGAGCAGACCCGAUGUGUCUUACGCGAUAACGAGCAUCAUUUGUAAUCUUUUCGUGUUUUAUUUUUCGUUUAAAAUACAACUAAUAGACGCCCCAUACUGAAACGACAAUGUAGGAUUUAUUUUUAGAGGAUGGACGAGACAUGCAAGGUGAUCAGAACCUGAAGCUCAGGUAAAGGACAAUCCGCUGGAGAUGUGCCGUCACAGAGCAUGAAGAAAAUAUUCAACUUCAAGAAGAAGAAGGGCUCCCCCAGCCCCUCCGAGACGGGGAGCGUGCUGUCGGCCAGCUAUGAUGUGAAGGAGAAAGACCUCGGGAAGGUCCACAAGGCUGCGUUCAGCGGAGAUGUGGUCAAACUCAGACAGCUGGCCAAAAAGAAUGAUUUAAACCAGCUGGAUAAGGAAAACAGGACUGCACUGCACAUCGCUUGUGCCUGCGAACACACAGAUGUGGUUCAGUUCUUAGUGGAGAGCAAAGUGAAGCUGAACUUAUGCGACAAUCAGAACCGCUCCGCCUUAAUGAAGGCGGUUCAGUGUGAACAAGACCGCUCCAUCUCUUUGCUCCUGGAACAUGAGGCUGACCCCAACCUGGUGGACAUCAGUGGAAACACGGCACUGCACCUGGCCGCCCGUAUCCCCUCCCUUCCUGUGGUGCUGCAGCUCCUGGAGCACUCAGCCAACAUCAACGCACAGAACAAGGAUGGCACCACUCCACUGAUGCUGGCUGUGAUGGAAAACCAUGCAGACAUGACUGAGCUUUUACUGAAAGAGGGAGCGGAUGUUAAUGUCAAGAAUCAGGAGCAACGGUCUGCGUUGAUGAUAGCUGCGUGCAACGGACAAAUCAGCAUGGUGCGUUUGCUUCUGCAGUACGAUGCCGACAUCACAGUGAAAGAUGAUAAGGGAUGGUCUUCUGAUGAUUAUGCAGUCAUGAAUGGACACCACGCAUGUUCACAUCUGAUUAUCGAGCAUGGGACGAAGAGAAGAUCCCUUCAGUCACCUUCCCAUUUCACUGCCAGCAAAAAGAAACGGACGUCCAUGCUCGGCAGCCCCGGUGGUAUUGGGGCCGGUUUGGCUUUGGGAGGACCAGCUCUGGAUAAAGAUGCAGCAGGAAGCAGCUCCGCAGGAGCAGGGAAAGAUACAGAAGACAAUUCUCACACAGACUCCAUUAGCAGGGCAUCAAAAAGUGGUGCUGCUGAUUCCUGGCCUUCAUCAGAUGAUGACGACGAGUUAGAUUUGAGCCCAAAGACACAAAAAGUAAACUUGAAGAAACUCAUAAGCUCUUCAAAAAGGGAAAAUGUAGAAGUCAUAGCAGAUCGAAAUGCAGACAAAUCCUGGAGCAGAUCAGAGUCUGAACCGGACAGUGAGGAUAAGGAGCUGCCUUCUGGUAGCAAACUAGAUUUGGAAGGCAACGAAAGUCCAGAGGACGAAUCUGAAGAUGAAGAUGCUGAAAGUGAGGAUGAUGAAGGUGAGGAUGACGAUGAUGGUGAAGAAGAGGAGGAGGAGGAGGAGGAGGAAGAGGAAGGAGAAGAUGAGGAUGAUGAUGAUGACAGCGAUGAUAAAGAUGAAAAUGAAGAUGGUGAAGAAGAUGAUGAAGAAGAAGAGGAAGCUGCUGUGGCUUGUGAGACAACAGGCAUUUCUGGGCUGCCCAAAACCAUGGCUCUUGGUAAAAAAGAACAAUCAGAUAUGACUGAUGAAAAUGUCAACCAACCUAAGUGGGACAUGAUGGAGGAUAGAGUAUCAGGAGACAGUCCUCUGAAGGUAAAGACAGAUCAAGAAAAAGAUGCUCCAGAUAAAAUGGACAUGAAAGAAACAAUUCCUGAAAAGGCACUUGUUGGAGGUCCAAUUACAGGGAUUCUUGAUUUAGAGGAUGGCUGUCUUGUGUCAGCUGUCAGAGUCGAGGCAAGAUUCUCUGAUGAGGAGGACAACGAGGAGGCCAGUGAUAGUCCAAGUUCUCCUGUAGAAUGUGAAACUUCUUUACCAAGUGUGGACAGAACAUCAAACAGAAAUCCAAUUGAGAGCAAGAAUGAAAACCAAAGUGAUGAUGAUGAUUGGGAUGAUGAUGAAGAUGAUGAUGAAGAUGAGGAGCUGUUGAAGGCUGAGAAGAACAUUUUAGAAGUGGAGCCCUCUCAAGGGACAACCAUUGAAUGUGAUCCACAACUUCAAGAUGAAACUGAUGUUGUUCAACUUAGACAAAAUGAAGGAAUAGCUGAUCUUGACACCAGCAAUCUGGAUGCUCCUUCAGCAUCACCUAAAUCAAAGGCUUUAACUACUGCAGAUGAUGAUGAAGAUGAUUGGGAUGGCGUUGACGAGGAAGAAGAAGUGCAAACGAAGAAGCCACUGAACCUAUUUCUGACAUUGCUGGGACAGAAGGAACCAGAGAGCCCUGAGGUAUCUUGGGAGUCUGGCUCAGACAAAAGUGAUGGGACACCUGAAGGAGAUAAGGAAUCAAACAUGGAGAUGCCAAGUGCAGAAAAAGACCAUCAUCAAGAGGCUUUGGUUCAGGAUGACAACACUUCAAAAAGGGCAUUGUUACAACCUAUUAAGCACCUUUCCCAGAGUCUUUUACAUGAAGAACCUAUUGAGCACCUUUCCCAGAGUCCUUUACAUGAAGAACCUACUGGGCACCUUUCCCAGAGUCCUUUAAAUGAAGAACCUACUGAGCACCUUUCCCAGAGUCCUUUACAUGAAGAACCUACUGGGCACCUUUCCCAGAGUCCUUUACAUGAAGAACCAACUAAGCACCUUUCCCAGUGUCCUUUACAUGAAGAACCUUCUGGCCACCUUUCCCAGAGUCCUUUACAUGAAGAACCUACUGAGCACCUUUCCCAGAGUCCUUUACAUGAAGAACCUGGGUGCAUCGAUCAGAGUGAUGAGAAUGAAACUAUACAAGUGUCCAUGAUUGUUGGUCAAAGUGAUGAAGACCAGAGUAUAAGUCAAGAGGACGACAGCCAAGUGAAGCAAAUGCAGUAUGACUUUGCAAGUGGCUCGGUCAAGUCUUCUGGAAUAGAUCAGAUCUCUGAUGUCUCUGACAAUGAAUCUAUGUUGGAAGAAGAUGAUGGAUGUAUUGAUGAUGCAGAUCAACCACACACUUCAAAUCUCUUCAAUAGUUGCCCAAAACAUUCCACCACAUCAAGUCCAGCACAAAUGGAAAAACCAUUGCUGAUGAGAUCUCUCUCAAAUAGCCCCAAAUAUUUAAAUGCAAUGAGCCCAGUUCCAACAAGUCCAAAAUCCCCAACAAGUCCUAGUCCCAAACACACAUCAAGUCCAAGGCAAUCUACUGUACCUAGCCAUCAACAUUCAACAGCAACUAGUCCACAAAACUCAAGUUCCUCAAGCCACUCGCCAUGUCCCCAACAUUGUAGUCCAUUGCCUUCAACGUUUAUCCAUCUGGAUCAAGACUCACAGGACAUUAAUAAAUCUACAAAUCCAGAAUCUCCUCAACAUUCAAGCCAUAACUCUCAAGUUGAGGAUGACCUUUCGGUAGAGUUAGCAGAUGAACGUCCAACAGAGGUGCUUGAACCAGAAACUACUCUUCAGGAAGAAAUUCUCUACACCAUCAUAGAUGAAGUUAAUCUCACUUCUGAUUCUGACAAAGAGGAUGGUGGGGAAGAACUUGAGAAGUUGCAUGAACAGAACACUGUUAAUACAUCUGUAAAGGAAGAAAGAUGUUCUAAGCAAGGAUCAUUGCAGGAACAAGCCUCAACAGAGGAUGAGGAAGAAGAGGAUGAGAGGGAAGAACCAGAGGAAAUGUGUGAAAAGGCUAAAGAUUCUCAAAAUGGUGGUGCUAGCAAGGAAAAGCGAAGAGAUUUCCUUUUAGAAUUGGGACUUGAAAAGGAAGAUGAAAAUGACGAAUCUCCCUGGGAUUCAGAGUCUGGUUCUGAGAGCCCACAGAAGAAACAGGCCAGUGCUCAACACACUACCGCCAAAUCACAUAGAUCUAUGUACAGUAUUUGUGAGGAGAACACUGAAGUUUUAAGAAAUGACGAAGAUGAUGAUGAAGAAGAGAAGGAAACCGAAAUACCACCCAAAGUGAUCAAAAGGGAGCCUGUCUCUGUUCUUAGUAAGCUGAUGGAUUCAAAAGAAGCUAAUAAGAAAACAGACCUGAUGGAAGAGCUUGGUUUGGGGGAUGCUGAUGAUCUUGAAGAUGCUUCAGACUGGGACUCCGCCAGCACCACCAGUAAGGCCAGUAAGAACUACCCAGUUCAUAAGCUAGACGAGGAACCCCUCUUUGAAAGCCCAGCAUCUUCCACGCUACCCAUAACACCUCAGCAACAGGACAUGGACACCAGGGAACAUAAAGAAGCCAAUCCAGAGAGAAACAAACCCACAACCUCGAGCACAACACCUCUACCUAGUCUACGAUCUCUCAACCCAAACGCCAGCUCAAAACCGCAGCCACUGCCACGGCUGCGCUUGGACUCCAGUCAGAUGCCAGAGAGUGAAGAAUCGGACUGGGAUACGGACACUUCCAGUCCAGCCAAAAAGAAAGCUUCACUGCCAAAUGUCGCUGAGCCUGAUGCAGUUCAUUGGCAGAAACCCAAAGCUGAAGAUGCCGAGAGUGAAGACAGUUCUGACGCAAGCGAAGAUGUAGAUCAGGCAAGAGAGGCAUUACAAGCAUCUUCCGUAGACAUAAAUAGGCCAUCUAACCAUGAACCACUGGAGUGCCCAACCUCUCCUAGAGAGGAUGAACAAGAGGAGAAAGCUGAUGAGAUUCCCUGGGAGGAACGCUAUGAGAAAAUCUGGGUGGAUAAUGAAAAAAAGGAGACCAAGUCCCAAUAUAAAAAUGUGGCUGCUGAACUAAAAGAGAGGUUCGGAGAACUAGAGCACAAGGAACCACCAAGUGGGCUUUCGCAGCAGGAAUGGAAAGAAGAUGAACAAUAUGAUGAGGAGUUAAAGAAAGAGGUGGAAAAGGAAGCAGAAGAUGAAGAUUCCAGUGAGGAAGAGGGAGAGCCAGUAGUGCGGCCCACCGCCCGGGCAAGAAGUGCCAUACUUUUACCCAUCCCAGAGCAGAGAGAAUCAGGCCUGGAGGACUCGCAGUCUGAAAGUGUCCACCGCACGGUUAGUGUUGAGGUCAGCGAUGCAGAGCUUCCCAGUGACCAACACAACCCUCAAAUCAUCCCAGAAGUCCUAACAGAUGAGGCCCAGGAGCCAGAGAACCCAGCGUAUGACAUUGAGGAACCUGAUAGUGGAAGCAAAGAAAAGUAUCCACUAGAUUCUGGAAGCAACGUAGAUGAAGAACCUGGAGAACUUCACAGACCUUCAUUGCUUGUUGAGAAUGAGCUACAAGUCCCACCUAAAUUUCUAGAAGUGCCCUCUUCUGACUCCGAUGAGGUUGACAAGGGCUUGUGGAAGUCCAGACUUGAGGGUGGCAAGGAACAGGCGGAUGGCGUGAGGGGAGAACACCAGCCCAGUGCUUUAUGGGAUACUAGAGGAACCAGAGAACGAGGUGAACUUGACCAAGGAAAAGGGAAGAAAAUUGACACUAACUCUGGGAACCCAAAACCUAAACAGGAAGGGAUGGCUGACAGCAGGUCUUUGGGAAGAGAGGGUAGUGUUUCACCAAGACAUCUGACAAGAAGUCCGAGAAGUACUAACAGAGCACCACCACAUGGUGAGGAAGAUGAGGAGGAAGAAAAGAAAACUGUAGGUAGCCAAGCCAGAAAUCUCCAUGUAGCUCCCCCUCUGCAGGGCAAACCCUCCCGACCUGCGACCCGCCAUAAUGGAGACCUCGAGUCGGUCUUUGAUGAUAGUACUUUAAGUGAGCUGUCGGAAGAGGACAGGAGGUCCCCGUCUUUAAGGCGUAAGAAAGAACAGAGCACUGGAGAGCUGGAAAUGGCGGAUGAUUUUGAAGAUCUCACCCAGUCUUCUGACACAGCUACUGAGGAGCUGGAGACUCCAGUAUCUGGAUACCGCAAUGCCUCUCUGCUCUUCAAACAACUCGACUCAAGCUAUCUGGACUCUGUGAGUGUGGUGAAACUACAGAACAUGUUUCAUGAGUAUGAACGCACCAUCCAGAGGGAGAGAGACAGACACAGCCGUCUGGCGGAUAAAACCUCUCAGCUGGAGCAGGAACGCAACGAGCUCAAGAUCCUGCUGGAUGAGAUCAGAGGCAGCAAGUCCAGCCUAGAACAUCUUAAACUGGAGCUGGAAACAGAUAUGAACAAUCUCAAGUUCCUUUUGAGACAGGAACAGGAAAAGCAUCAGAGCGCUCUCAUGCUGUAUAAUAAAACCCGUGAGCAGCUCCAGAGGAAAGAGGAGCAGCAGCGAGCCGAGGCCGAGGAACGUCACAAAGCCGAGCUGAAAGUUCGCAGUCUGGAACUGGAGAUCAGAACCCUGAAGAACAGCAUCAAACAGAUUGAAGAGGACAGAGAUGAGUCUCAGCGUCUCCUAUCUCAUGAGCGCAGUGCUCGUGCCCUACAGGAGGAGUUACUCAGCAACCACCUGCGUAAGCAGCAGGACAUUGAGGAGGAGAACCUCCGAAACCUCAACAAGAGCAAUGAGGCCAUGUCCCAGCUAACAGAGGCGUCAGACCGUGAGCGAGAGUUGAUGCAACAAAAUCGAGCCCUACUGGAUGAACUGAACGCAGCUCGGGCUGAGCUGGACCGCUCGCAGUGCCACAGCCGACAGGAAGAGUCACAGCUGGCGGAGGAGCGUGACGCCCUGCGCGAGAGACUGGAGGACGCCCGCAGGGACAUGAAACUGAGCGAGGAGGCCUUGGCCCAGACCGUAUUCCAAUACAACGGGCAGCUGAGCGCGCUGAAGGCCGAAUGCUCAGUGAUCACGGCCAAACUGGAUCACGAGAGGCAUGUGAGGCAGCAACUGGAGGCCGAGGCUGAGGCGAGCAGAGCACGACUUCAAGCGGCGCUACAGGAGGCCGAGAGAUGCCAGACCUCACGCACGGAUGCAGAGCGCACUCUCCAGCGAGACCGUGAGGAGCACCAGCGGGCGCAGGAAAAGCACAUCUUUGAGUCCAGUACACAACGGGACACCAUCCAGUCCCUGUCCCAGAAACUCAGCAAGGCCGAGGCGCGUGCCAACAGCUUCGAGAACGAGUGUCACCGUAAUGCUCUGACCGUCGCUGAGAAAGGCGUGUUGUUGGAGACUCUGGCCCGGGAGAAAGACCAGGCCCUGGCCAAACUCAAAGAACUGGAGGCCACGGCACUGAGUGAACGGGAGCAGGCCAGCCGUGCCGGGGCCAAACAGGAAGCCAUGCAGGAGAGACUGGCCCAGGCUCAGAGCGAGAACGCGCUACUACGACAACAGCUGGAGGAGGCGCUCAACAAGGGCUCUGCGAAGGAUAAAGCUGUUACAGAUGUGCACCAAAACUUUGCAGAAAUGCUGAACCAGAUACGUGCAGACGGAGAGGAGAGAGUCCACCUGGUGGAGGAGAGAAGCAAAGAGCUAGCGAAGACGAACAGCGAGCUGAGAGAGCAGAACUACAAACUAGAGCAGGAGAAAGCUGAGAGAGAGGCUUCUCUGAGGCAGCUGCAGCAGGAGCUGGCUGACUGUCUGAAGAAGCUGUCCAUGUGUGAGGCUUCUCUGGAGGUCAACACACGGUACCGCAAUGAUCUCGAGGAAGAGAAGGCACGCACACUCAAGGACAUGGACAGAUUGAAGGGAAAGCUGCAGGAAUCUGAGGAAGUGUACGUCCAGGCUGAGAAACGCAUCAGCCAGCUGAAGAGCUCUCUGGACGAUAAGGAGCGAGAAGCCUGCAGUACAGCUCAGAAACUAGAGGAGGCGCUAGCUGCUUCUACAGGCAAAGAGCAAACCAUUAAACAGCUGGAGGAGGCGGUGCAGAGGUUAGAGAUAGAGAACGCCAGACUGGAGGCCAUGGCCAAACAACAGACCAACCGCAUUGAGGUGCUACAGAAGGGUGUUCAGGAGGGUGCUGUGGUCAGGAAUCGUUUGGAAGAUCUCGUCACAAACCUGCAGAGCAGUAAGAUGACGCUAGAAGAACAACUCAACCAAGAGGUGCAGAAGCAGAGUAUGCUAUCCCAUAAUGCCCAGGACUCACAAGCACUGUGGGAGGAGGAGCUAAAGAGCCGCUCACGACUGGGACUCCGCCUCUCUGAGCUGGAGAAAGAGAAAGGAGAACUGACCAAUCAGAUGGAGCUCGAGAAGAAAAAGGCCAAAAAACUAGCUGAGCAGAAGAAAUCUGUGGACACCCGUCUGGAGCAGGAGAUGAAGAGAAACACUGACCUUCAGAAGGAAAUGUACAGGUUGAAGACACUGUUGAAAACCGCUAAGAAGCAGCUGCGGGAACAGGGCGGUGGACAGCUGGACUCUCCUCUGGGCAGCUUCAGAGCAGACAUGAGCCACCGUCUGGAGGCAGAGAGCGCCGUCAGCAGAAUGAAGACUCGGGUGGAUGAGCUGCAGUCUCAGUACGAGCGGGAGGCGUCGCGCUGCUCGCGGCUGGAGGAGGGGAACAGACAGAUGAAGGAGAAGCUGUCGUCUGUGAAGAGCCUGAGCCGAAGCCACGAGCAGCUGGAGCACAGCAAGAGGCAGCUGGAGGAGGAGGUGGCCAGUCUGCGGCGGCAGCUGGAGGCCGGUGUGAUGGGCCAGAGCCAGGCCGAGCAGUACCGCCGGGAUACGGAGGAAAGAGCCCGACAGGAGAUCCGACACAAACUAGAGGAGGUCAACCUCUUCCUGCAGACGCAGGCGGCAUCUCAGGAAGCUCUGGAGCAGAUGAAAGCUGCUAAUGAGGCCAGUCAGCGUGCUCAGCAGGAGCAGCGCAUCAGGGAUCUGGAGGGAGAGCUCAGCCGUUUACGCAGCGUUCAGCAGGACAGUCUGCUUCAGAGAGACUCCAGCCGCACAGAGCUGGAGCGCUACAAACAGCUGUACAGCGAAGAGCUCCAUCUCCGCAAGAGUCUGGCCGCCAAACUAGAGAGGUCGAGCGAGCGGUUAGCGGAGGCCAAUACUAAGCUCCUGAGCGAGAGGCAGCGCAGUAAAUCUCUGCUCACCAGCAGUAUAGUGAACGGUAGUUUAGGAGGCCCCGCUCUGGAUGUGGGGGCGUACGGAGCCUCUCUAGGACCCCUGAGCAGGAGUCUGGGCCUCGGGACGCCUCUGCUGGGUACGGUAGGGGAAUCCCAGAGCAGCCGCGUAGAGGCCUACCUGGCAAAGAUGCAGACGGAGCUGGAGAAGCACAUAUCGAAGGAGCUGGACUAUGUGACAGGAGAGCUGGAAGGAGGAAGUGCCCGCAUGUCUCCCGUAGGAUCGGCCUCUGGCUCUCAGAAUCUGAACGUGAGUCUGGAGCCGCCGGACCCCGUGAGCAGAGCCACUCAACAGUACCUGGAGGUGCUGAAGAAGAACUACAUGAUCUGAGCCGCGGUCAGUCCACACACUGUGAGCACAAUCAACUCCAGCGCCUUAUCGCUGACCCACAAACCCACUCAACCACCCUAAAAACACUAGUUUGUUUAUUAAAGCUGGCGUUUUAAAAGCAGUUAUGCUGCCUCCUUAUGGUCACUGAAGAAAUAGUUCACCCAAAAAUGAAAAUUUGCUGGCCAACUAAAAAUGAGUUUGUUUCUUAAUG